UCUUUCCUCAUGGCUACUUCUCUUUGUCUCCUCCUUGUCUCCUUCACAUGUCUUCUCUUCACCCCAAUCUAUUCACUCCAAUUUCCCAAGCAUUAUGUUAUAUACAUGGGAGGCUUAUCAUUAGAUGAUGAUGAUACAAAUCUUCAACACAAUGAAGCAAAUGGGCAUACCACAGAAUCAUCUUAUCUCCAAUUACUGGCCUCUGUUAUUCCCAGGGAAGAGAAUGACAGAGUAAAAGUGGUCCACCAUUACAAGCAUGCCUUCAAGGGCUUCUCGGCUAUGCUCACUGAUGACGAAGCUGCCUUCUUCUCUGAGCACGAUGAAGUUGUAUCAAUAUUUCCGGAUCCAACACUUCAGCUUCACACAACUCGGUCUUGGGAUUUCUUGGAAUCAAUCUCCGGACCAAUCUCUAACUCUCCUAUGCAUGGAUCCUCCGAUGUCAUUGUCGGUGUCAUCGAUACAGGAAUAUGGCCAGAGUCUUCAAGUUUCAAUGAUGAAGGAAUGGGUGAAAUCCCAUCAAGAUGGAAAGGAAUUUGUAUGGAAGGUCCCAAUUUCACAAAAUCCAACUGUAACAGAAAACUGAUCGGGGCAAGAUCCUACGUGGUGACACCCACGCGCCAAGAUACUGAAUCCGGCGCCGACGCCUCAGCAAGAGACUCCGUGGGACACGGGACCCACACGGCCUCAAUCGCAGCGGGGGCGCGUGUGGCCGACGCGAGCUACUGCGGCCUGGCCCGAGGGACGGCGAGAGGUGGUGACGUGUCAUCGCGCGUCGCCGUCUACAAGACCUGUACGGAAGACGGAUGCUCCGGCGCCGCCAUUCUCAAGGCCAUGGACGAUGCGGUCAACGACGGCGUUGACUUCAUCUCCAUCUCCAUCGGCCUCGGCUCCUCACUUCAGCCCGAUUUCCUGGUCGACCCAAUCGCCAUUGGGGCGUUCCACGCCGAGCUCAGGGGCAUCUUGGUAAUUUGCUCCGCCGGGAACGAGGGCCCCACUCCGUUCACCGUCGUCAACGCGGCGCCGUGGAUUUUCACUGUGUCGGCUUCCGACAUCGACAGAAAGUUUCAGUCCACUGUCGUUCUGGGCAAUGGCAAGGCCUUACGGGGAUCUGGGAUCAAUUUCUCGAACCUGACAGGAUCUGAGAUGUACCCUCUCGUGUACGGAAAAGACGCAGCUGGUCCAUUUGUCCCCAUCCAAGAAGCAAAGGCCUGUUACCCGGGUUCCUUGGAUCGCAAGAAAUCAAUGGGAAAGAUCGUUAUCUGCGUGGGAAACGGGAUGGGUGUAUCAAGAAGGAUCCAGAAACUGGUGGUUGAAGACGCGGAAGGGAAAGGGAUGGUUCUGAUCAACGAAGAUGAGAAAACUGUGCCGUUUGAUUCAGAAGAAUUCCCUUUCUCAGAAGUCAGUAACGGUGAAGGGUACAAGAUCCUCAAAUACAUGAGCCAGACCAAGAAUCCAAAGGCAACGAUCCUUCCGACAGUUGAGAUCCAAAGGGCCAAGCCAGCACCGGUCGUCGCAUACUUCUCGUCGAGAGGCCCUGGUGUUCUAACAGACAACAUCCUCAAGCCGGACGUGAUGGCGCCGGGAGUAGCAAUUUUGGGAGCAGCGAUUCCGAAGGGAGGGAGGGAGGCGUCUGCGUUUGCGGUGAGGUCGGGGACGUCGAUGGCAUGUCCUCACGUGACCGGGGCCUCCGCUUUCCUCAAAUCCCUGCAUCCUUCGUGGCCUCCUUCUUUCAUCAAAUCUGCCCUCAUCACCUCCGCGACGUCGUAUGACAACAUGAGACGACCCUUGUCCAACACUUCAGAAUUGAUCGAACUGAAGGUUACAAAACUCCAGGCCAUUAUCUGUUCUGAGGUGUUUUAUCUUUCUUUCGGUUUGAUUUUCUACCAAUGUUUUCCAUUCUGUGAAUCUUGCAAACGCUUCAUCCUUUGAUUUCAGAAGAUAGAUCCACACUUUCCGUGACUUAUCAUCUAUAAAGGAGAUGAAGUACUGAGCUUUCCCUAAGGUGGGCUUCACAUUUGAAGAUCCCCACAGAUCUGAGUGUAUGUAAUCAAGGAUAUUAUCUGAAACAUGCUUUCCUUUGCCAAAACUGAGCUUGUGAAACUUUCCUAAAAGACAAUCUUCGCAGAACUGCAAAUCCUUGAGAUUUAUUUUGUUUAGCAGUCCUUUUUGUGUCAUUAGUUGCAUUCCUCUGUUGCUCAUAUGGCCCAACCUUCGAUGCCACAGCAUGGUUUCAUCAGCUUUCUCUGUUACAUAACUCUCGCCUUCUAAUGUUUCACCUUGCAGAACAUAUAAUCCUUGUUCAAGGUUUCCACACAUAAUUUGUGCCGAAUUUUUGAACACUUCGAGUUUGCCUCCUUUCGAUUUAUAGUGCAUUCCUAAUUUGUCCAGAGAACCCAACGAUAUGAGGUUCCUUUUAAGUUCAGGUAUGAAUCUGACUUGACUUAGGAUUCUGAUUUUCCCAUCAUGGAAUCUGAUUUUCACAUCUCCAAUGCCCUUUACCUCACAGGAUCCAUUGUUUCCCAUGAGAACCUUUCCUCCAUCUGUUUCUGUGAAGUUGGUAAACCAAUCUCUCCUUGGUGUCAUGUGGAAAGUGCAUCCCGAGUCUAGAAUCCAUUGUUUUCUAGGCUCUUGCUCUGAUACUGUCAAUACUUCAGUCUCCAUUUCUUUCCCUUCUGCGGCUGCAGCCUCUCCUGUUGGCUUUUCCUGUUCUUCUAGAAAUCUUUUUCUAGUCCGACAUUCUUUCUUGAAGUGCCCUUCCUUACCACAGAACCAACACCCAGACUCACUCUUGUUCUUGGGUUUUCCCUUGGUCUUGUGAUGCUUCCCUUUAGGAUUCUUUGAUCCCUUUUUGUCUGAUUUACCUUUUACCAUCAAUCCCUCUCCUGAAGUUGUCUUAUUCUUGGUUCUGAACUCAAGUUCCUUUGAGUAGAUCGCUGAAGUUACAUCUUCCAUUGUUAUAUCAUCUUUCCUUGAGAAUCUGAUCGUGUCUUUCAAAACAUCAUACCUAUCUGGUAAUGAGUUCAACAAGUACAUGAUCUGGUCUUCCUCUGAAAUUUCUAUUUCUAGAGAUAGCAGGUCUCCAAUCAGCUUUCCGAAGAUAUCCAGGUUUUCUUCCAUGCUUUUAGAGUCUUCCAUCUUAAAACUGAAGAGUUUUUGUUUGAGAUACAUUUUGUUUGGCAUAGUUUUAUGCACAAAUUCCUUCUCCAACGCCUUCCAGAUACCUUCUGCUUCUUGUUCACCUUUCACUUUUCUCAUUAUCUGAUCCCCAAGACACAGAAAAAUGAGGUUUCGUACCUUUUUGCUCUUCUCAAGUCGUUCUUCUUGAGACAGACCUGAUCUCUUCAGGAUCGUUGGCUUCCCUUCUUCUGAUUUCUGUCUCAUAUCUCCUGAAUCAUCCACACUUUCUUUCGAUCCGAGAAUAUAACCAACUCUCAACGUAUCACUCAGCUGAAGUAUGUCUAAACUUGCUUGAAUCUUGUCCUUCCAUAACGAGAAGUCACCUUUCCCGUCAUACUUUUCUACAUCUAAUUUCACAACCAUAGGUGUAGAUGACAUUAUUGAUCAGAAAAUUUCAGAGCUCGUACCUGAUCUGAGAUUUUUGAUCCAAGGUCUUCGA